GCUCCACGUGUACCGGACAUGAGAAACAUCUGCCUUAAACGUUCCGGUCUUCACCGAGAGAACAUUUCUCCAAAUCUCCCACACUGUAACCCAUGGCCACGAUUCCUCCCCACUUCCCCAUGGCGACCCGCUCUGCUCUUCGCCGUGCGUCCUCCUCCGUCUAUCUCUUCAGCACGAUGAAACUGUUUAAACCGAGAGCCUUCUCUUCCUCAGUAAAACUCCCCACGAAACCUCCUCUUUGCACCGCCGACGAGCUUCAUUACGUCUCUGUUCCCAACAGCGAUUGGCGUCUUGCUCUCUGGCGCUACUUCCCUCCUCCUCAGGCGCCGAAGAGGAAUCAUCCUCUCUUACUCUUAUCUGGAGUAGGAACUAACGCCAUCGGAUAUGAUCUCUCUCCCAAUUGCUCUUUUGCAAGACACAUGUCCGGUCAAGGAUUCGAGACGUGGAUCCUCGAGGUUCGUGGAGCAGGGUUGAGUACAAGAGUAUCUGAUCUCAAGGACGUUGAGGACUCUGCUCACGAGUUGUCUCAUCAGAUACAGUCCACUGCUAAAGCUGCAGCUAAAGAAGCUACAUAUGAGAAACAUGUUACUGAUAGUGCUCCACAACCAGCUUCUGAUGUUUCAGUUGUCGGUGAAGCCUCUGCUUGGGACGAGUCAAAGAUCGUGGCGAGGUUAACCGCAACGUUCAUGCGUUUGUCUGAAAGGCUUUCUGGUUUUCUCAGUGAAGGUCAGUCAGUGUUUAUGUCUGCUAAGCUGUUUGACAAGAUCGCUAUGCUUUUGGAAGAUUCAAGGAUGUACGAGAGGUUUAAUGAGAUAAGAUCAAAGCUUUUGAGUUUGAUUGAGUCGAGGCAGAACUCAGGGAUUGGUAACCAGAUUAGGGAGUUGACUCAGCGGCUUGUGAAUCUUCUUGAUGAUGGUCAGAAGUCUGUAUCUCCUCCGUUGAUUGAUUUGCAAGAGAGGCUUACUUCUACUAUUGAAGAUUUUCAGAACCAGUUGGAUUUGAUUGUUAAGUAUGAUUGGGAUUUUGAUAAUUACCUUGAAGAGGAUGUCCCUGCUGCGAUUGAAUAUGUAAGAGCGCAAUGUAAGCCCAAGGAUGGUAAGCUAUUUGCUAUUGGACACUCCAUGGGUGGUAUCUUACUAUAUGCAAUGCUAUCACGUUGUGCUUCUGAGGGACGAGAGCCUUGUUUGGCAGCUGUGGCAACGUUGGCUUCAUCGGUGGAUUACACAACUUCAAAUUCUGCUCUCAAAUUGCUCAUACCUCUAGCUGAUCCAGCACAAGCUCUGAGUGUUCCAGUUGUUCCUUUGGGGGCUCUGUUGGCUGCAGCUUAUCCUCUCUCGUCACGACCUCCAUACGUAUUAUCUUGGCUUAACGGUUUGAUAUCAGCAACGGAUAUGAUGCACCCUGAACAGUUACAGAAGCUUGUCUUGAAUAACUUCUGUACCAUACCUGCAAAACUUCUUAUUCAGCUGACAACAGCCUUUCGAGAAGGAGGGUUACGAGAUCGUAGUGGUGAAUUUUACUACAAGGAUCAUCUUUCCAUAACCACUGUCCCAGUCUUAGCUCUUGCGGGUGAUCGAGACUUGAUUUGUCCCCCUGUAGCUGUAGAAGACACUGUUAAGCUGUUCCCUGAGAAUCUGGUCACAUAUAAGUUACUCGGAGAACCAGACGGACCACAUUAUGCACACUAUGAUUUGGUUGGAGGACGACUGGCAGUGGAGCAAGUCUAUCCUUGCAUAACUGAGUUUCUUAGCCACCAUGAUUCUACAUAA